AUCAGUUGAUUCGAUAAGACUACACAUAGUAAAACUGACAUCUCUCAAUAUUUCAAUCCCUUCGGUUUAUUGUGUCUGUUCCCGCAUAUUACAUAAAUAAGUUUCGAUUGGAAAUGGCUACGAUUCCAAUCAAAUGCAUCUUCACCAUAUUUUUGCUGGCCGUUUGCUGCUGUGAUUGCCAAACGGACAGUAUUUCUUCUUCUUGGGCGAAAUCAAAAAUCUCACCGGAAGCGCUAAGUUCUGUGGAGUAUGGCAACUUUCUCAUCGAAAUUUACGAACACGUCAAUAAUCACAAGGCAACGACGACUGCCAACGAGAAAAAAUAUUUCUAUUCUCCAAUUGCUCUUUUGGACCACAAAAGUGCCACUAGUACGUACAGCAGGCUUGCUAAACAACAAGAGAUUAGAUUUCGUGUGGUUAUGUGGAACGACAAGGUUCAAAAUGAAGUUCUGAAACACUUGAAUAAAAUCACCGGUCAAGAAAUACAAUCCGAUAAAGUGAGAAUUCUUCCGUUGGAGAAGGUCAUUCUUACUAGCAAAAGGCCAACAUUUUUCAUCACAGACGUCGCAAACCAAACAGGCAAACAUCAGCUUCGAUUGCGUCACUUCCGGUCAAAUAGUCACACAUCUUUUGCAGAAAUUUGCGGAGAAAAAAGAAGUUUUCUUGACGGCCAAUGACGAGAAGAUGAUGCUGGUGGAAACGGCCACCAACAUCCGAAUGGAAACAUUUGAUGACUCCGAGGUCGGGUCUCCGGACACGGAGUCUCAAAUUUAUAAUAUUCUAAAGGAUUUAAUGGUCACGUCCAGGACGACCAUUAAGGAUCAAAGCGACAAGUUGUGGGACUCUGUUUUCUGGCGUGAGGAAAAUUACCGACCGGACAGGACGACGAAAACUUUGAUUGAAAUUUUCGACAUACUGGACGCGGAAACUCAAAAGAAACUGGUGGAUAUGUUUCAAAAAGCGGAGACUUCGAUUAGUAAAUACGAUAAAAGAAGAGGGGAACAUUUACGUCGUGAAAAUAGUAAAUCAAACGAAAAUGAAAGAAGAUCACAGGCAAUGGAUCAAGAGGUAUCCAGCCGCAAUCAAACCGAAAAAUGGGAACUUGCAAUAGGCCUAAGUCAGUCGACUGAACAAAAUAGAAAUGCAGAGAAUAAAGAAAGAAUUCAACACAAUUAUGACUCCGACAGUUGGGCUGACGUGGACAGAAUCAGUUCAGCCAUUUCAGGGAAAAUGGCAAACGAUUCCGAUAGUUCCCGAUGGGUCGAAAUGUGGAAAGAAGACGUGGAAAAAUUAUUACAAGAAAGUAGAAACUACGUCCGAUGGAACGGAGAGAAGUUCGUGCCCAAACCCAUGCAACUGAGCAAAAUCAAUUUGGACAAAUUUCGUGACUCCCAAUCGUUUCAGGAUCGUACCGUCCGUGUCCGUUACACCAACGCAGAACUGUCGGUACCGAUCAAAUUUAUGGAACACGCUGAAUUGGUCGUCACUGACGAAUGGAACAAUAUGAAGGAUGAAAUCAAAGCCACUACAGCUCUCUUAAAAGCAAAUGUGAUGAACCUGGUAAAAACAAAUACUGAACUGGGGAAUGUGAAGAAUAAUUUAAAUGACACGAGCAUUUAUUUAACUAAUAAAUUCGACGGAACUAUCCAGGAAUUGGAGAAAACGAGGGCCAAUGUCAAUGAUUUAUCAACAAAAUUAAACACGACAGAAAAAGAGAUGAAAAUCAUGACCGGAAAUUUGCCAACGGAACUCAAAGCAAUUACUAAUCAACUCAAAACCACCGAAGACAAGUUGAGAAACGAACUGAGAGCAACUUCAAGUCAUUUGGAAACUACAAUAACAACCAAUUUGAACACAACGAGGACGGAACUGAGAAGCACGGCGAAUAAUGUCAUUAUGGAUCUGACAACAAAAUUAAAUACCAGGACGAGUGAAAUCGUUGACAUUGGUAGAAGGCCAACUUCCUGUUCGGAUGUGCAGCGAAUGGGGCAUAAAAUUAGUGGAUUCUUUUUAGUGGAAGGAUCGAAGAAAAUGGAAAUGGUUUUCUGUAACUUUUAUCCUGAUCGAAAUGAAACACAAAAAUGGAUCGGAUACGCCGACGUCAAAUCAGCGCCCGUCCAUUUCUACGUCCAAAGAAAUUCUUCGUUCUCCACGAAAAACACUCCAAUUCCAUUUGAGUUGGUGCGGGUGAACGAGGGAAAUGCCAUGAAUUUGCUAACGGGGAAAUUCACGGCACCGCGAACGGGAAUUUAUUUCUUUUCAUUCACGGGAACAGGAGAUUUUUUUAGCAUUGCCCAAAUAGGAAUUGGUCUUUAUGUGAACGGGAUUCAAAUGGGGUCAGGUAGAAUUCAAAAACAGAAUACCAAUGGUCAUCAAAUGGCUCCGUUGAGCAUACAGUCGACGCUGAACUUGAAGACGGGCGAUCAAGUCUGGGUGCAGAAUUAUCAUACGCCAACAUCAUCAUUAGUUAAUUUUUUGCAGGACAACAGUGUUGAGCACCUCACACAUUUCACUGGUUUCAUGUUGGAGGAGGAAAUUGCCGCGUCCCUCUGAUGAUGAGAUUUGUGUUCAUCCGAAAUGCGCAAAAUGAUAAUCGACUGACAAAUGCGGACAAAUGACAAUUGCAAAUGAAUUUUCCGUUGGGUAAUAGGAGAGGGAAUGGAAGAAAACGAAAAAAAAAAAAAUAGAUUCUAAUUCAUUGAGGGAUGGAAUUCGUUUUUUUAAGGGCUUUUACUUUGUAUGCAAAUAGGCAAUCGGAAUACACACAAAAAGAGUUCUGUCUAUGAAAAUAAAGAUGCAUAAAGUAAAAAACUGAUUC